AUGAGAAUGGACAAUGACAUGUCAAUGCCGCAACCCCGACUUGAUCGACGAUUCAGUGUUUGUGAUCGGGUUAUGUUUGGGCACAGACCAAGUGAUUAUGACCCCAAUUACAGAUGGGGUUCCUCUGACGAUGAGAAUGGACCUGGUGAUUCACCUGUUGUCACACAGUAUUCACCAAUGUCCAACAGUGGGUCUUUCUCAUUGGAGGAUAGAGAUAGACAGCCAGGGAACUCAAGAUACUGCUUGGUUGCCAGCAAACAAAUGGUUGGUAUAUUUUUGACAGUAUGGGUAAAAAGUGAUCUUAGAGAUGAUGUCCGCAAUAUGAAAGUGUCUUGUGUUGGAAGAGGAUUAAUGGGCUAUCUUGGAAAUAAGGGUUCAAUUUCCAUUAGCAUGUCUUUGCACCAAACAAGGUUUUGCUUCAUCUGUAGUCAUCUGACCUCUGGCCAGAAGGAAGGAGAUGAACUUCGAAGAAAUUCUGAUGUCAUGGAGAUCCUGAGGAAGACAAGGUUUCCCAGGGUUCAUGGCAUGGGAGAUGAAAACUCUCCUCAGACAAUACUAGAGCAUGAUCGAAUCAUUUGGCUUGGGGAUUUAAAUUAUCGCAUUGCCCUUUCUUACCGCUCUGCAAAAGCUCUUGUUGAGAUGCGCAACUGGAGGGCAUUGUUAGAGAAUGACCAGCUGAGGAUAGAGCAAAGACGAGGACGUGUCUUUGAGGGAUGGAGUGAAGGAAAGAUAUAUUUCCCUCCGACAUACAAAUAUUUAAAUAAUUCAGAUAGGUAUGCAGGUGAUGAUAGGCACGCCAAGGAGAAGCGAAGAACUCCAGCAUGGUGUGAUCGUAUAUUAUGGCACGGAAGAGGCAUUUAUCAAUUGUCUUAUGUUCGUGGGGAGUCAAGGUUCUCAGAUCAUAGGCCAGUUUACAGCGUAUUUCUGGCCGAGGUUGAGUCUAUUAACCGUAACCGAAUCAAGAAAAGCAUGAGUUGUUCCAGUUCCAGAAUUGAGUAUGCUCAGCUCAGGACAACUGAAGCAGAAUUUAAUGCACUGUUACAUUACUUCAGGCACAGCGGCAAAGAAAACUCUGCCAUGAUGGUGAUAAAGACAGUCUGUUGCCCACAAUCCAAAAGAAGGUUUCAAUUCUUUUCAUCCCAAUUGGCAAACUUGGAACUUUCUGACACAAUGGUUUUUAGUAGUGAUCUUGGUAAUGAGGAUGAGCUGAGCUGA